CAGAGACGUUUGCCACCCGCGGUUGUAGAACACUAAAGGCUGUCGCGGAGUAGGGAGCUAGUGUCCUUCCCUGUUUCCGUAGGGAGGGGCUUGACGUCGUCGGGCGUGGACGUCACGCAACAGUGUCCCGCGAGCGCGAGGCCGCAGAGCCCGAGGGCCUCGCGGGGCGUCCGCGGCGAGGCUGCGGAACCGUCUGCCGCCGGGCGGGAGCCCAGCAUGCUGCGGGGCGCUGAGCUGCCGCCGCCUGUGACCUCCAGCCCGGCCCGUCACAAGCGGGGAUGAACUCAGACCACCGGGCCCUUAGUUCUCGAGCUGAUUACCUACCGAAUCUAUAUGUAAAAUAAUGUGGGCGAGCGGAUGGUGAAAAUAUGACCUCCCUUUGUCCUUUAAAAACAUAAUUUUCAAGCUGAUUUGGGGUCAUUUGAAGAUGCACACCAGCUUCAAGUUGAAAGAGUAGGACUUUGCAUCCUUUAAAAAAGUAUUCAUUUCUGAGUCUGCACACACAUGCCAGAGUGUGAAGACACCCUCAGGAUGGGCUCUUCCAUGUCAUUGUUGCAUGCAGUGAGCUUUUAGGGAAAUCUAAGUUCAUUUCAAGGCAUUCGAAAUGGGGAAAGACUAUUAUCACAUUUUGGGAAUUGAAAAAGGAGCUACAGAUGAAGAUAUUAAGAAGGCUUACCGAAAACAAGCCCUCAAAUUUCAUCCAGACAAGAACAAGUCUCCUCAAGCAGAGGAAAAAUUUAAAGAGGUCGCAGAAGCUUACGAAGUACUGAGUGAUCCUAAAAAGAGAGAAAUAUAUGAUCAGUUUGGCGAAGAAGGCCUGAAGGGUGGAGCUGGCGGCACUGACGGACAAGGAGGCACCUUCAGGUACACGUUCCACGGAGAUCCGCAUGCGACCUUUGCAGCCUUCUUUGGAGGUGCCAACCCCUUUGAUAUUUUCUUCGGGAGACGGAUGGGUGGAGGCCGAGACUCUGAAGAGAUGGAGAUAGAUGGCGACCCCUUCAGUGCCUUUGGCUUUAGCAUGAAUGGAUAUCCAAGAGACAGGAAUUCCGUGGGGCCCUCCCGUCUCAAACAAGACCCUCCCAUUAUUCAUGAACUCAGAGUCUCGCUUGAAGAAAUAUACAGUGGCUGCACCAAACGGAUGAAGAUUUCUCGAAAGAGAUUAAACCCUGAUGGAAGGAGUUACAGAUCUGAGGAUAAAAUUCUCACCAUUGAAAUAAAGAAAGGGUGGAAAGAAGGCACCAAAAUUACUUUCCCAAGGGAAGGUGAUGAAACACCAAAUAGCAUCCCAGCAGACAUUGUUUUUAUUAUUAAAGACAAAGAACAUCCCAAAUUUAAGAGAGAUGGAUCGAAUAUAGUUUAUACUGCUAAAAUUAGUUUACGGGAGGCAUUGUGUGGCUGCUCAAUUAAUGUGCCAACAAUGGAUGGAAGAAACAUACCUAUGUCAGUCACUGACAUCGUGAAACCUGGGAUGAGGAGAAGAAUUAUUGGCUAUGGGCUGCCAUUUCCAAAAAACCCAGACCAACGUGGCGACCUACUGAUAGAAUUUGAUGUGUCCUUCCCAGACGUCAUUUCUGCAGCAUCCAAAGAGAUCCUUAGGAAACAUCUCCCUGCCUCAUAGAAUGAGAAGAACCUUGCUAUCCAUAUUUUGAUAAGACACUGAAAAUAUAAAAGUACUGGCAGUUUGACUGAUGUGAAUUCUGUAUAAAGAUGUGUAAACUCUUCUGAGGGCUCAUUAAAUUGCAUGAAUAGAGACGGUUCAAAUAGGCAAAAGUGGAUUUUUACAGUAGAGAUGAAGGUCAUUCACUGUAUUAUAUUUCAUUUCUCCCAAAUCAGAAAUUUUCAGUAUUUCAUUUAUAAGUAAAAUUUGGUUUUGUGGUCUAUAGAUACACUUCUAGUAAAGUACUAGAUCAUCCAAGUUCUCUCUCUCUCUCUCUCUCUCUCUCUCUCUCUCUCUCUCUCUCUCUCUCUGUGUGUGUAUCUUUAAAUGAUCAGUGUGAUAGGCUCCCUUAAUAGAAAUUAAAAUCCUUAACUGUAUGUGACAUAUGUGGAGGAGAAUAAAAGCCAAAGUCAUCAGAAAUGCAGUCUGGGUCACAUCCAGAACCGCUGUGUUGGGCUGGCACCAGAACGCAUUGAUGCUUUAUUAUUGUGACCUCUCAAGGAUGCUGUAGCAUUUUCUAAGAACAUGGUUGUAAUGUUCUUAAAGCAGACCUCCUCAUAAGAAGAGAAUGAAUGACAUUUUGUCUCCUGUGGACAUCCCAAUAGUCAGAGUUACUGGUAUUUUAGAAACAUUGUUUUGAAAUGGCCACAUGUAAUUUUAUGCAAGUUGACUAUAUAUCUUGAACUUAAUAAGCUCAUUUUGUGGUUCAUUAGUUUAAGAUAUUUGUUUACUAAUAUUUGUUUUUAGAGAAAAUACUGUUCCUUGGCAUUCAUUUCCCAUUUGCAGUCUUCUGUGAGUCCCUCAUGCUGUAUACCUUACAUAAUUUCCCUGAAGACACUGAUCUACCAUUACGACGUUAAACCAAAAUCUGAACACAAUGGACAGCACCGCUGCUUGUGGGCGAUGUUGUACUAGCUGUUACCGUAUAAAUAUCUUACCUUUUCAUGUAUAUAGAUUGCAUUUCUUAGGUGUUUUAAUUUUUUAAAUAUAUUUACAUUUAAAAAAUUACUGUCUUCUGUUUUAUGUCUAUCAAAAGUGAUGUUAUAAAACCUUUUUCUAUAAAACA